AUGGACACGACGCUUCAGUCGGGCACAAAGCGCAUCCCGAUCCAGACAGCUGCAGAGCUAGCAGAGGCACUGGGCCCAACAGAGGAUUGGACCGGCACAGCAAGCAGCGCCAAAAGGAGGAAGCUGCAGAAUCGUCUGAACCAACGGGCACGACGACGGAGAAUACUUCCGCUGCCUUCCACCAGCGCAGUCGGACCAAGGUUAUUGCCGACGACCGAUGAUGGUGCUCAUCACACCAGCGACAACGGCAAACCAUCUUCUGCGCCUACUUGUUUGCUUGGAAAAGCCGAGACCCGACAACUGUUGCUCCAAGUGGCCCAGAGCAGCUACGGUAGAUACAAAAUCGGGUCACCGAGCCUCGCAGAUUUGAAUGGCGUCGUGAGGUUCAACGUGUUUCAAGCCUUUGGGCUGAUUGCCCAAGCCCUGGGCUUCAACAACGACUGGCUGACGUAUGAAGCCACAUCGCCAUUCUGCACACCGGGAGAGUAUGCCCCGUCCCUGCAUGCGCCACCAACCAGACGGCCCUAUUUUAUGAAUCCUACAUUAUUGCAGCUGAACGUAGAGCAUCAUCCGUGGAUUGACUUCUUCCCCUGCCCCAGGUUACGGGAUAAUCUGUUGGCCGCUUUGGUACCGGGCAGGGAAAUGCUCGAUGAGGACCAUCUCUGUCGGGAUGUGGUGGAUGGCGGAGCUGGUGCUGGCGUCGACUCGGCUGGCCUCAUCGUCUGGGGUACUCCGUGGGAGCCUGGCGGAUGGGAGGUGACGGAGUCGUUUGUCGAGAAAUGGGGCUGGUUGUUGGCCGGCUGUGUCGAGUUGAAAGAAGCGACCAACUACUGGAGAGGGAAACGGGGGCUGGAGGGCAUUGUAUUCAAUGUGUAA